UUUCAUGUGUAUUAUAAGAAUACACGCAUUUCGUCGUGUCUCUCUUAAAAAAUCACGUAAAUCAAUAGGAUAAUCGAUUAAAAUAUUGAAUCGCUGUAAAUCAUGUGCAUUAUCGUCUAGUCCGCAUCACAUGUCGAUGGAACGCUUCUUGUUGUGAAACUAAUUAAAUAUUUACGUGCUUCAUUAAUUUUAAUUAGAGUAGUGAAGACUGUUGUGUUGUUGGAGCGACGAGGGUUGGAUUUUGAACUACUAAGUGACUGUUUACCUGACUUUGGAUUGUGAAUUGUGAUUUAUGCGACGAUUUUUCGUGUUAUGCUGUACGAGGACUGUCAACAGCAUUAGGAAUGCUUGAGGACUCAAAAAAGAUGAAAAAAUGUGGCCUCCAGAGGCAGUACAUAGUUUGGAAAGGUUUUGUACUUAUGGAAAUGUGAAUUAUAGACAACGACGAUCGCAGCCAUUAAAAAUAUCCUGCCUCAAAACGACCCCUCCACCAGAAGAAGAUAACAGAGGGUGUGCGGCAAGUGUCGGUGAAGGAAGUUUUUAUCUCCCAAUGAACAUGCAAGGAUUUGUUAAGCAACAAACGGCACCGCACGGACCGCCGUAUGCGCCGCAUCCUUCGCUUAGUUCCGGACUGGGUGGCGGCCUUUCCGGGAUGCCCAUGCCUGCCCUCGGCUUCGGCCUGGGACACCCGCUGGAGUCCGUCCCCUUCCCGCAAGUUUAUUCAUAUUUUGCAGGCGUCAACCCCAGAAAGCAGCGGCGCGAAAGGACGACAUUCACCAGAGCCCAGCUUGACCUUCUUGAAGGACUCUUCGCCAAAACACGCUACCCGGACAUCUUCAUGCGCGAAGAAGUCGCCGUCAAGAUCAAUCUCCCCGAGUCCAGAGUGCAGGUCUGGUUCAAGAACAGGCGCGCCAAGUGCCGGCAGCAGCUCCAGCAGCAGCAGAACAAGAGCGCCUCGCGGACCACCACCUCCCCCACGAAGGUCAAGGCUAGCAAAGCGUCGCCAGCGGCCGCCCCCAGGUCCGUGGCCACCCCCACGGGCAUCCCGACGCCGUCCACGUCGGCGUCGCCCCCGACAGUCAACAUCAAAAAGGAAUCGCCCCAAAUGCAGAGCUACAGACCCACGGGCAACAUCACACCCCACGGCAGCAACACCUCGAGCUUGAUCACGACGCCGUCGCCGUCGGCGUCGCCCCUGGCCUACCAGCACGAGUACAACUCGUUCAACUGGACGGCCAAUGGGCAUGGGCACAACACCUCCUCACACAACUACUAUGCCCAGAAUUACGCGCCCACGUAUUAUGGGCAAAUGCAGCCCGAUUAUCUCAAUUCGCAGACCACCCAGAACCAUAUGCAAGCCAUGAACAACAUGGCAGGGACGUACCAGAUGACUGGGUACAGUGCCAUGGGCAUGGCGGCCCCGCACCACCAAAACUUCGGCCCCAGGCAUCCGCCCGACUGCAGUAUGGAGUUUGCAAAUAUGGCUUAAUUACCUCAAGUACAAAUCGAGACUUUAGUGUACAUAUCAUCGAAAGACGCAAUAAUUGUGUGUGUGCAUGUGUAAGUAAAAUUGUAAAUUGCGAAAGCGAACGGCACUAUAUUGAAAACCGCCAAGGAUUAUUAAAUUUGUAAAUAACAAUUUAUUUCGUCCAUGGGUUAAGCGGACUGUAACCCAGAUGGUUGUAUUAUAAUUGUAGGUAGGUAGCUAUAUCAUUUGUUUGAUAUCAGGGUCACUGAUACGUUGUAGAUUAAACUAGCUUUAUAAAAAUUACCUAACUUUGGGCCAAAUGGCAUCCGUCUUUAUUUUACCAGAAGCAACGAAUUACAUAAAAUGAUAAUGGUAACGUAAAAAACUAAUGCGAUUUGCUCCCAUCCACACUCGUUUAAAUAUUUUAUUUGUAAGUCUGGCUUUGUCCGCCUCAUUCAUUUGACAAAGUAUACAUCAUACGUUAAGUUUCGGAUCAAUCUUACAAUUCUGUAAAUUUGGAAAGCGACUUACUGAUAAAAUGUUACUGAAAAGCCAAAAGUUGUUGGUGAUUAGAUUGGGUUGAUUCAGUCAGACUAUUUUAAAUUUUAUAACGCUUUAUACUAUUUUUUGUAAUAUUAUGUACAACUCUGUAAGUCUUUGUCGUGAAAACAAACUAAAUUUUGUGUAUGCAGUUUAAAUCUUACUUUGAAACUACUUGAAAUAAAUACGUAUUUAUUUUAUGAAA